GUAGAGACAGUCAACGUGAAUGUGAGGUGAGCUACAGUCAUCACUAAAACAAUAGCUGCCUGAUUGUUUCAAGCCACAUUUACAGCUUUCAGACUUUGGGUGUCCGCGUCAUGUUGCGCAGUGUCCGAGGAGCUUGAGCACGACUGGUCUGCGCAGGCGCGGGAGGACAAGAAAAGUGAAUGUAAGCAAUGACUGACAGAUAGGCUGCUGUGUCAGAGCUGUCUGAGCCUUGUUAAACUCACAGAGGAGAAAGAGACGAGAUCUCUAAACUUUUCAGGAAAACAUGCUGAAGCCGGGCAGUGCAGAGGGGCAGCCCCAUGCCGGGACUGGACGCUUCAUCAGCGGGGUGGUGGAAGGUUUUUAUGGUAGACCAUGGACUAUGGAGCAAAGAACAGAGCUGUUUGAAAGGGAGCAGAAAUGGGGCCUGAACACGUACCUGUACGCCCCCAAGGAUGACUACAAACACAGGAUGUACUGGAGAGAGCUGUACUCUGCUGAGGAGGCAGAUCAACUAAUCGCCCUCAUAUCAGCAGCUAAACAGCAUGACGUCGAGUUCAUCUAUGCGGUCUCUCCCGGUCUGGACAUUACUUUUUCCAACCCUAAAGAAGUAGCCGCCCUGAAGAGGAAGCUGGAUCAGGUGAAGGAGUUCGGCUGCAGGUCAUUCUCUUUACUCUUUGAUGACAUCGAGACUGAGAUGUGUCCAGCUGAUAAACAGACUUUCAGCUCCUUCGCUCACGCUCAGGUGGCCAUCACUAAUGAGGUGUAUCAGCACUUGAAGGAACCUGAGACCUUCCUCUUCUGCCCCACAGAUUACUGUGCUUCUUUCUGCACUCCCAACGUAUCUCAGUCCUCAUACCUACACACUGUGGGAGAGAAGCUCCUGCCUGGCAUCGACAUACUCUGGACUGGUCCAAAAGUGGUAUCCCACAAAAUCUCUGUUGAAUCCAUAGAGGAGGUGUCCUCUGUCCUGAAGAGGGCACCAGUCAUCUGGGACAAUAUCCAUGCCAAUGACUACGAUCCUCAAAGGCUUUUCCUUGGACCCUAUAAGGAUCGACCCACUGAACUGAUUCCCAAACUGAAGGGUGUACUCACAAACCCCAACUGUGAGUUUUACCCGAACUAUGUGGCCAUCCACACUUUGGCAACAUGGUGUAGGUCACCUGUUGAUGGAGGACCAAGAGACGUGGAGAUGGGUGAAGAGGAGCAGGACCCCUAUUACAGCCCCCAGAAAGCCCUGACCCUGGCCCUCACAGACUGGCUGCAGGAGUUCAUGAGCAAGGAACAACCAGGAGGCACCUGUCGUCCUACAGCUUGUCUCAAGAAAGAGUCAUCGGAUGAGGAGCCCAUGCAGACAGACAUGGGUGAGGCCGCCUAUGUUCCCGGUCCUGGGGAGAACCCACUCUAUACAGCUGAGCCUCUGACACUGGACGACCUGAAGCUGCUGUCAGACCUCUUCUACUUGCCUUACGAACACGGCACCACAGCCAGGACCAUGCUGCAGGAGCUGGACUGGCUCAAAAACAACAGCCAGGCGGCUGCUGUGGAGACAGACAAGACAGCAGAGUGGUGCGCAAGAGCGCAGCAGUUUGACGACUUGUGCGAUGGGGUUGUGCAGAUGUUCAACCGCCUGUCGAAUGCCCCGAACCGGAGCAUCCUGUACGAUCUGUACAACUACAUCUGUGACAUCAAGAGCGGGGUCGGACUGGCUCGGGCUUACGUGAAAACACUAGGAGGUCAGGGUCGGCCCUCGGCCCACGUAAUGAACAGUGAUCCUGAACCUUGGGGCUUCAGAGGAGGCCUCUCCGGAGAGUUCCAGAGAAUGCUUCCAGGACAUGGAAACCGAGACCUGUUCCGACACCCUCCCAUGACGGUAGUUUACAGCAUACGACCCUACUGUCCUGAAGACAAGAUGGAGGUGCAGAGGAUUUUCAGGGAGAUGCAAAGAGCCGCAGAAAUGGCACAGCCUCCACUUGUCAGCGACAGCCUGUCAGAAGGGGAAAUCUCACCUUCCCCCCAGUGUGCUUUAGUCCUUGAGGAUGAGAUCGGGGUGUGUGGUUAUGCGCUGGCACUCGUCGACGCCAAACCAGCCGCCGUUAAGAUUCAGGGGGCAGUAAGUGAGAAGGCAUUUGAGGAGUUCCCCUCCCUGGUUGCCAUUCAAGCCCUCCCCCGGGUCACUGAUCCAUCUCCAGCCAAGCGUAUGAUUGGUCAGCUUUUGUCCUCCAUCAAGAGCAGCGGGUCAAGAGGAGUGUUUUGUGAGCUGAGGCAGAGCGAUCGCAGGAUGUUCGACUUUUACUCCAAACUCGGCUCCUUUAAACCCAUACAAGUGGACGGUCUGCCUCAGAACGUCCUUAUCAUGGCAACAAGCCUGUGAACGAGGCCCUUUACAAAGACUUCCCUCAGGUCUGAAGCGUUUAAAGGCUGUUUAAACUACACUGCAUGUUAACGUGAUCCAAACUGUGUCUUGGUUCAUAUCAGUUCAUCUCGUCGCCACGUUUCCCUACCGAGUCUUUAAAAUGCUUAGAUCUGCCCAACUGUGAAAUGAAAAUAGUCGUGCAUUGCUAUUGAUUGAGUGGUCAUGAAAUAACAUCAUUUUGUUUUAAAUCAGCACAAUAAAAAUGUUGACACCA